GCUGGCCGCACUUCCCGUCGGGGAGAGAGUGUAAUAUGGCGAAGACCUACGAUUACCUGUUCAAGCUGCUGCUGAUCGGGGACUCGGGGGUGGGGAAGACCUGUGUCCUGUUCCGCUUCUCCGAGGACGCGUUCAACUCAACUUUCAUCUCCACCAUAGGAAUUGACUUUAAAAUUAGGACCAUAGAGCUCGAUGGCAAGAGAAUUAAGCUACAGAUAUGGGACACAGCUGGUCAGGAACGGUUUCGGACGAUCACAACGGCCUACUACAGGGGCGCAAUGGGCAUCAUGCUGGUCUAUGACAUCACCAACGAGAAAUCCUUUGACAACAUCCGGAACUGGAUUCGGAAUAUUGAGGAGCAUGCUUCUGCAGAUGUCGAAAAGAUGAUACUUGGGAACAAGUGUGACGUGAACGACAAGAGACAAGUGUCCAAGGAACGGGGAGAGAAGCUCGCCCUGGACUAUGGAAUCAAGUUCAUGGAGACCAGUGCGAAGGCCAACAUCAACGUGGAGAAUGCAUUUUUCACUCUCGCCAGAGACAUCAAAGCAAAAAUGGACAAAAAACUGGAAGGCAACAGUCCCCAAGGGAGCAGCCAGGGAGUCAAAAUCACCCCAGACCAGCAGAAGAGAAGCAGCUUUUUCCGAUGUGUUCUUCUGUGAGGAGCACUGCCUUACUCUGAGCCUCGCUCAGCUGAGCUGACUGUGCCUGUCCUGAGCGAGCCCCUCGCUCGGCCGGGGGCCCUCCCCCCCCAACACUCCCCGCCGUGCCGCGGCCACCGGGCCCGUGGCCACCAGACACAGUUGAGAAAUUGUUGAUUUUAGUAACUGUCUGAUCUUUUUUCAACUUUGGAGAUGGAAUGAGUUAAGGAUUUGCUAUUUUUCUGGUCUGCGGAACGGGCCCUCUCACCACGUGACCAGAGAGGAAGCUGGAGCGGAGCUGUGGCCGCCAACAUCAGCCGGCACGGUGGGCCCCUGUCUCCAGGCCUCCCUGCAGCACAACCGAAGCCCCACCGGAAAGCCCGUCCACGUCCCCACCACAGAAGCCGGGCCCCGGAGCCCAGCGACGGUUCCAGGAGUGCUGGGCCCCCACACCCUGAGCGAGGCGACGCGUGCCGGGCCCACAAAGCGUCCAGCCAGCACAUCUGACGCCUACCUUCUCCUCUUCUGUCAGUUUUGGACAAGUGACAAAAACCAUUCUCUUUCCCCCGCCCCCUUUUCUCUUCUUAACUGUCAAGCCAGACCAAAGGGAAGCACAAAUUACGGAAAUCCUGAGGAAAGAAGCGUGGGGGGAGCCCUCCGUGGGCCUCUCUCGGCGUUCCCCGCCUGAGCACCGAGGGGACGCCACGCGUGACCCCGAAGACGCAACCAACCGCACACGGUCCACCUGUGAUUGGGGCAUCUGUCUGCCUCUGGGCCCCCGGGCAGCCCCCCCGCCCCCCGCCCCCCGCGUCCUCUUCCCUCCUGCUGUCUCCAAACUGGACAUUCUUUCUAGCUGAGAGAUUUUUUAUUUUUCCAGAUCUGUAGUGCCAUGAAGUGAUUCCGUCUUUGAUUUCCAGUGGCAGACCCAGGUGCUUGGGAGCCCGUGCGCACCUCUGGCCGGACGUGGCCAAGAGCGUGAGGCCGCGCUCGGCGCUGGCCGAGGCCCAAGGCGACAGGCUGGCCGCAUAGCAGUCGGAGUUGGUUUUUAGCUGCCGUCACCAGGUUCUGUUGUGACAGCUCUGCCCUCCUGUAGAGACUGUGCAAUUGGACCAGGUAGCCAGGUCGGAGAGGCGUCACCAGGGAGCCUUUAUUUUUUCUUAUCCUUCCCCCCCCACUCUCCGCCACCCCUGCCCCCCCGCCCCGCCCCAAGCUGCUGUCAGUCCAAGCCAUUGGCGUUGUAGUUUCUUCUUUUUGGAAUUAAAACCAACAUACCAGCAAUAGUCUGCUCUCCCCUGAAAUUUCUUAACAUGCUCUGUUUACAUUGAUAAAUGCACUUAAGGAAAACAAACAAAUUAAAGCUCGUUUUAAAGUUAA